GGGGAUGUUCUCUGACGGGACGUCUUCUACGGGGUGGAGCCGCUGGACCCUGGCAGCCAGCAGGUAUACAGGGAGCAUGCAGUGUACCGCAUGGCUGACGUGAACUGCUCCAGCCCUCCUCCACAGACAACCGCAGUGAGACAGACGCGAAAUAAAGGACAACUGGCGAAAUUCCCAUCGCCAUGGAAACCCUCAGACGCUCCAAAAGACAGGUGAAACCAGGGCAGCGCACCGUCACGACAGAAACCAAGUACAUCGAGCUCAUGGUGGUGAACGACCACGACCUGUUUGUCCAGCUCCGUCGCUCCUUCUCCCAGACCAAGAACUUUGCCAAGGCUGUGGUCAACCUGGCUGAUGCAAUCUUCAAGGAACAGCUCAACACACGUAUCGUGCUGGUCGCCAUGGAGACGUGGUCGUUGCACAACAUGGUCUCCGUGGGCGACGACCCCUUGGUGACCCUGCGCGACUUCAUGAAGUACAGGAAGGAGAGGAUCCGGGAGCACAGUGAUGCCGUGCACCUCUUCUCGGGCAGGACGUUCCUCAACAGUAAGAGCGGGACGGCCUACGUCGGCGGGGUGUGCUCCGUCACUCGGGGGGGCGGAGUCAAUGAGUACGCCAACGUGGGUCCGAUGGCCAUCACUCUGUGUCAGACCCUGGGUCAGAACAUCGGCAUGAUGUGGAACAAGCAGAGGGCCUCCGCAGGAGACUGCCGGUGUCCAGACCCGUGGCUAGGCUGCAUCAUGGAGGACACUGGGUACUACCUGCCGAGGAAGUUCUCCCGCUGCAGUAUAGACGAGUACCUGCGGUUCCUCCAGGAGGGAGGGGGAAGCUGCCUCUUCAACAAGCCCAGCAAGCUGCUGGAUCCUCAAGAGUGUGGCAAUGGCUUCUUAGAGGUUGGGGAGGAGUGUGACUGUGGAUCCUACCUAGAGUGCUCCCGGAGCGGCGGGGCCUGCUGCAAGAAGUGCACCCUUACCCAUGAUGCCAUGUGCAGCACCGGCCUCUGCUGCAGAGACUGCAGGUAUGAGCUGAGGGGUUCGACGUGCAGAGGGGCGGUGGGGGACUGUGAUAUCCCCGAGACCUGCACAGGAGACUCCAGCGAGUGUCCGCAUAAUGUCCACAAGCUGAAUGGAUACACGUGUCAGACUGGGCAGGGCCGUUGCUAUGGCGGACGCUGCAAGACCAGAGACGGGCAGUGUCUGUCCGUGUGGGGCUACAACUCCGCGGACCGCUUCUGUUACGAGAAGUUCAACGUGGAGGGCUCGGAGAAGGGCAACUGUGGACGGGACCCUAGCGGCCACGGGUGGCUGCCCUGCCAGAAGCUGGACGUUCUGUGUGGCUUCCUGAUGUGCACCAACCUGACCUCCCGGCCGCGCUUCGGGGAGCAGCAGGGGGAGCCCACCAGCCUGACGGUGUACCACCAGAGCCGCUACAUGGACUGUCGCGGCGGCCACGCGGUGCUGGAGGACGGGUCGGACCUGGGCUACGUGGAGGACGGGACGCCGUGCGGGCCCAACAUGAUGUGCCUGAACCGCCACUGCCUGGCCGUCAACACCUUCAACCUCACGCUCUGCCCCGGCUCCUCCCCCUCCCGCAUCUGCUCCCACCACGGGACGUGUAGCAACGAGGUGCGCUGCAUCUGUGACGCCGACUACACGGGGAAGGACUGCAGCGUGUUCGACCCCGCCCUGCUGCCCACGCCCAUGGAGGGCCCCGAGAAGCACAAAGGGCCCAGCGGCACCAACAUCAUCAUCGGCUCCAUCGCCGGGGCCAUUCUGGUGGGGGCCAUCGUCCUGGGGGGCACUGGCUGGGGCUUCAAGAACAUCCGCAGGGGAAGAUCUGGGGGUGGGUGAUCCACUGGUCAUUCCCCUGCUCUCCUCUCCAGCUGUGAUCUCUCUGAGGAAUCUAUCCUCAGUCUAACACGUCUUCCACUGACCUCAACCUUUUAUUCCUACCUUGGACCUUACAUUAUCCUGUAACCCUACCUUAACCUAAAUCCUACCUUCAAGUACACCUGAUGUACCUUACGUAACCUUAACUUUAACCUUACCUAUAAUCUUAAAUUUAACCUCACCUUAACAUUUAACCUGAAAUCUAACCUUAACUUUGACUUCACUUUAACCUUACCCUAUCUUACCUUAAUUCACAUUACAAUUCUUCCUCCUACCUCUCUUAUCUCCUACAUAGAAUAUAAUUAACUUAGUCAGAACAUCAUUUACUGUCAUAACUUUCUCUCCCUCUCUGUUAAAACCUAACUUUCGGCACAGGCCAAAGGUGCAAGAAUUCAUUCCGGUUAUAUGCUGUAUAUCAGGGAAACACUUUCUUUUUUCAACUCACCAUUGUCAAAAUGUGUCUAUUAACAGCCUUUCGUAAUCUUGAACUGGUGUGUGUUCCAGAAAACCCACAUACUCCAGUUGAAUUUGUCUGACCCGAGUGCUCAAUAUGUUUAAAGCACACAAAAUGUGUCUUCUCCUUGUUCUGCCGGCUGUUACAAUUCCCUACGCCUUUAUAACGACUUUAGGUGGUCAGGAUUUAGUAAGUAGCAUUUGCUUGUCCAACUAGGUAAUUGUUUAUGCAGUAUCUCAAUCUGAUAUAUACACCAGUCAGCUCUUCAUAUAUUACAUACAUUCAUAUCUCAUUCACUAAUGAAUGUAUAAUUAUUCCUGUACAGAUUGAAAAGGAUGUCUGCAGAGUCUAGUUUUUCAGAAAUAGUUUUGUGUGUAGUUUACCACUGACCAUUAAUCCAGCUUGAUUGACAACUCUCUUGGCUAGUGUGUCCAUUAUUUUGGCUAGGUUGACUUUUGCACAUACACACAGAAUGCCUUCCAAAACCAGUGUGCAGUAUAUAUUAUCUAGCCAAGCUAAGUACUGUAUAUGUAUACAAUAUAAACAGUACUUACGUAUACGUAAUGCAAGACUCAAAUUCUGCAGUAAGUCUAUCAAUUAAUACUCAAUGUUUAAUCUUUCUUAUAGCUGAUUAUUCUAAAUAUUAACAUUUACUAAUUGUUAUAAUUUCACUUGCUAAAUAGUUUCUAUAUCAUAUUUACUAAAAUUACUAUUAUUUUCCAAAGCAUGCAUCAAGCUUUUAGGAAAAGGAUCAUUUUAAAUGUACAAAUGCCAUUUCUCAAGCCAAAUAUUCCCAUGGUUUGACAGUCAGUAUUGGGAUACUGGCUGAAAGUGGUACGUAUGUAUUAUCUGGUGGCUGUGUAAGGCUAUUACAUUGCCAUUGGAAAGGUGCUAAAGAGUUGGAAAAAAACGUAACAGUCAGAGUCGUUUUACAAAGGGUGUCCUGUUUUGUAAAACCACCAUGGUACAUCCCAAAAAUAACUAUUUAAACAAAAAAAAAAAUCAUAAAACAAUUGUCAUUAAUAAACCAGUGUGGAGCUGGUUUCACUGUCACAUCUUUCCUGGUUAAGGCCGAUGAUGAUCCACAGCCCUGUAUGCCUAUCCUGACUUAGCCCCUUGGAUUUCUUUUAAAUGUAAUUUUGAGGGAAAACCUGGAACGAUUUUCUGUUUGUUUUACAAAAACAAAUGUUCAUGUACUUUGUCCAAAUACUUUGUCCAUGCUUUCUCUGGAUAUAGCGGCCCAUCAUUUAUUUGUAAAGAUAUAGUGGAAGGAAGGAAGUUGUGGCAAAAUAGCAAUAACAUACAACACAAAGAGCACUUAAGCAAUUUAGGAAUAGCUUACAAUAUACUGUAAAAUAUGCUAACAUUUUGCCUAUUUGUACAGAGAUAGACCAGUCUGUACAAUAAACCAGUGUCAUGUUGGUUUUCCAAAGCAGAAAAUAUGGAAGAAUUAACCAAAUACAUUUAAUACAAUUUAACAUACAAGUGACCUAGAUGACACAAUCUAACUGAAAAUUGUACACCUUUUAUAUAACCACCAUCGUCCUUGGAUAAUAUAAGCAUUGCCAACUCAAAUUGGUUAACUCUAUUCAAUUUCCAAAUAGUGAUCCAAAUGAACACAACUAAUCUGUCAUGAUGUCAUUCCCAAACUCAUUUAUUUGUGUGUCUAACGUUAAAAUGAAAGAAGACUAGACAGAAAGGUAGGUACGGUAGUUAAGGAAUGUUAAUGUGUUUACAUAAUCUGUAAUUUACACAUUAUCUGUAAAAUAAAGUGAAGAUGACUCCUAGAUGUAGGAUUUUUUUUUAUCUUAUUUUCUGAGUUUGUUUUCUUUGGCAUUCUACAUAUGGAAUAGCUGUAAAACAAAUGAUUGAUGUGAAUCUGUAAUUACACCAUUAAUCUAAAUGACUGAACUUAGUGAGAAUGUUCAGAAGUAACAGAAAAAUAAAAUCAAAAAAAAUAUCAAA